GUAGUUUGGUUGCGCGCGCGCGGUUGUUGCCACUGGAGUCCUGUGCGUCUCACAGGGGAGAUAAAACCUCACCAGCGAUGACCGUCCAAAAACCUUUCAUCCCACUUUAAUCCGAAAAGAUGUCAGAUGUCACCAAGACCGUCCAAAAGUGGCACGCGAGUUUUAAAAAGGGCACGGACUUUGAUUCUUGGGGGCAGCUGGUGGAAGCCAUCGAUGAAUAUCAAAUACUUGCGAGGCAUCUUCAGAAAGAGGUGCAGUCAUCAUCAAACUCGCAUGAUUUCACCGAGGAACAGAAGAAAACCCUGGGAAAAUGUGCAACAUGCCUUGAAAUGCGAAGUGCAGCCUUACAGUGCACACAAUCUCAAGAGGACUUCACGUUAGAAGACCUGAAAAAGCUGGAACCCUUUAUUAGGAACAUUCUGACGUGCAACAAAGAUUUCCCUUUUGAUGUCCAGCCAGUGCCUUUGAGGAGAAUGUUUGCACCAGGAGAGGAGGAAAACCUAGAGGUGGAAGAAGAGUUGGAUGCUGGCACUGGCGUGGGUUCGACUCCAUCAUUCCCCAGUACUUUGUUGCCACGGUUACCCUCAGAGCCUGGAAUGACUCUCCUCACACUAACGAUAGAGAAGAUCGGGCUAAAAGACGCAGGGCAGUGUAUAGACCCUUACAUCACAGUCAGCGUGAAAGAUCUGAACGGGAUUGAUCUGAACCCAGUUCAAGACACUCCGGUGGCAACACGAAAAGAAGACACGUACAUUCAUUUCGGUGUGAAUGUGGAAAUCCAGAAACAUCUAGAAAAACUACCCAAAGGUGCAGCUAUUUUCUUUGAGCUCAAACACUACAAACCCAAGAAAACGUUUACCAGCACAAAGUGUUUUGCUUUCAUGGAAAUGGAUGAAAUCAAAGCAGGUCCCGUCGUUAUAGAACUGUACAAGAAACCGACGGACUUCAAGAGGAAAAAACUCACCCUCCUGACCAAGAAACCACUCUACCUGCACCUAAAUCAAUCUGUGCACAAAGACUGAACGCAUAUCCCACCGCAGAGAAUGUGACGGACAUAAAUGGACCACAAUUCAAUUGGAGCAUCAUCUCUUACAUUCCCUGCACUAUCAAACUCUAUCCCAGAUCUCCAGGCAUUGGGACGCCAAUCAGGAGAACUUGGUGCUUUGAAUUCUGAACAAAUGCUCUGUGUGAUGAUUUCUGAUGGGAACAGAUAGAUGUACUUCGAUGUUUAGGCAACAUAACUCCCCAUUGGCCUUUAUGUUACAGAUGGGCAAAGGUGUGUGUUAGCCGGUCCGUCAUGCUAAUUUGGAAAGCACACCUAUGGCUAAAAAUGCAUUUGAAUUAAAUCUGUAUUAACAUGCUAGUCAAAAGAUGAAGAACCUUUUGAGCAUUAUUUUUAUUAUUAUUAAAUACCCUAAAAGACAACACUGGAAGUCUCAA